AUGACGACCACGCUUCCACGUCCGUCGCGGCCUUUAAUCGCUCCUCCCACCGGCCCUCUGCCUUCACUGCCCGUGCCGAAAUCCCGCAGCUCCAAUGUGAGCCCCGCGUCGGCGCGAGCUUCUUCAGCGUCUUUGCUACCCUCCCCCGCCGUAUCCCUCCGCGCAGUUUCUUCCUCAGCGCUGCCUCAGAGGCCGAUACUCAAGAGUCAUCCCAACUCUACCUCGAAUGUUCCUACCCUGAACACCGAUGCCUCCCCGGCAGGUCCUCUGCCACCCGGGAAGUCGCUGCGGAAGACCAUCAGCAUCGGUGCUUUCCCGCAGCCCCCAAAACAUGUUGGGAGAACGGCAAGUCAUCCUCCUAGCCCUCUGUCGGCAAGUUCGACUCCUAGUAGUGACACGCUGCAUCAGAGGUUGUCGUCGGGAUCCAAGGCCACCCCCAAGACUACCCCUUCAAGAGAGGGCAGUAUUCGGAAGCCGGGACGGGUCUCCACAGGUGGUCGCAGCCUGCUGGCGAAGUCACCAUUGACUCCCCCCAGUCUGCUCAAUGGCAGUGGAGAGUCAGUCGCAGUCGUGAACAGUGGUCAUCUGAGCCUACCCUCACCGCCCCAAAGCAGGAACUCCUCGGCCCAAGGCUCCUACGCAACGAGUGCAACCACCUUCGAAGAUAUCGGGGACGAAGAGUCGAGGGGUCGAUCAGAUAAUAAGACAAAUACGGACCGGCACUCAACCCAUAAAGAUGGCAAAGGGAACGUCCUUGUCAGUGUACGAGUGCGGCCGGAUGUUGGGACAAGCGACGGCAAGCAAGAGUUGGAAUGGGAGAUCAACGGCAAACGCUCACUUGUCUCAUAUAAAGGCCGGGAGGGCGGAGAGUACAUUUAUGACAAUGUGUUUGACACCCAAGACAAUAACGCCCGAGUGUAUGAUGCCGCCGCUAAGCGGCUGGUCCGACGGGUGAUGGAAGGCUAUCACGGGACUGUGUUCGCCUAUGGCAUGACCGGAACGGGUAAGACCUUCUCAAUGCAAGGAACCGCCACAAACCCAGGUGUGAUUCCAUUGGCGAUCACCGACAUUUUCUCCUACAUCCGAGAGACACCACAUCGGGAGUUCCUUCUGAGAGUCAGCUACCUGGAAAUCUACAAUGAAAGGAUCCAUGAUCUACUUACCGGACCCGUCGCAGCGGGACUAAAUGGCCAGCCGACUCAACAGGAGGAGAUCAAGCUCAGGGAGGAUAGUAAGCGCGGGGUAUACGCGACGCCCUUAAAGGAAGAGAUUGUGCAAAGUCCAACACAACUCCUUAGAGUUAUCGCUCGGGGUGACAACGCACGGCGAGUGGCUGGAACACAGUUCAACGCCCGCAGUUCACGAAGUCAUGCGGUGGUUCAGAUCGUCGUUGAGAGUCGAGAGCGUGCGCCAGGUGGAUUAGCCAGCUUGAAGGAAAACAAGCGGUCGGCAAUGGCUCCGGGUGGUGUCCGUGUUUCCACCCUCAGUUUGAUCGACUUGGCAGGUUCUGAAAAGGCUGCCGACAACAAGGAGAGACGGACAGAAGGAUCGCACAUCAAUAAGAGUCUUCUGACUCUCGGAACGGUCAUCGCACGUCUAUCUAGCGAUAAGGACAAGGCAGCGUCGGACAAAGACAAGGACAAGCCAAGCAAGGACCAAGGAAAGCACUUGCCAUACAGAGACAGCAAGCUUACCCGACUGCUACAACCCGCUCUAUCUGGAAACUCUCUUGUGAGUAUUCUCUGCACGAUUCAGAUUGGGUCAAGUGGAAGUAUUGCGGCAGCCCACAGUCACACCGGUGAAACCCUGAAUACUCUGAAAUUUGCUUCAAGAGCAAAGAAUAACAUCAUCAGUCAUGCUAAGAAGGCAGAUGAGUCCCUCGGCUCCGGUGGAGAUGCUGGUAGCCGAGCGUUGCUUGACCGCUACCGCGUGGAAAUCCAGGAGCUACGUAAACAGCUCGAGGAACAAAAUAAGGCAAAAGAUAACAAAGACGGGAAUGAGGAGGAGAAGGAACGAGAGAAAGAUGAGGAAGAGGAGAAGGCACGUGAGUUAGAAGACCGACAUCGACACGAAGAACAGAUGCUUGAGAUGCAGCUCGCCCGCACUGCGCUCAAGGAACGAAUUGAGCACCUGAACCGGCUGAUUCUAAGUUCGAAAUCUUUGGGUGUGAAUGCCACUAACCGAUCUUUCUCAUCGAUGAGUCUUCGCGAUCGCGGGUCUGUUCUUAGCAAUGGCGACUUCCAGCCGAUUUCAGUGCGUUCGUCAUCAGCAAGCCACGCUACCCUUGAAGUACCGGGCCGUACAGGCUCUCAAGCCGUGUUCCCCUCAAUACCCUUGGAAGGCUCCGAAGAGGACGACUCACUUGGAGAGAAUGGAGACGGCACGGCCAGCCAUACAGCGCAGAUCCAUGCACUACAGACAGACCUCGCGGACAAGAACCGGUAUAUCAGCACUCUAGAAAAGCGACUGUUGCAAGCUCGACGUUCUAGCCACUCACGUGUUUCAAUGAGUCUCACUCAAAAAAUGUCAGGGAGCAGUGAAGACGGAGGGCUAAUCGCCACCAUCGCGGAGAAGGAUGCAGAAAUCUCCAAUCUUCGCGCUCAGCUUGACGACAAAGAAAAGAUGAUUGCAGCGCUGACGUCGGCGGGCAAGAAACGUGAGAAUGCACACGAGGUUGGUAGUGACGGCUCGCCGGGAAGUCGGAGAACGUCACACCAACGCAGCGAGGGCAGUACCUGCAGCUUAAAAGUAAAGAGCUCACCGAUCAGCCCAGUUGGGUUCCUUUCCAAUCCUAAAUCGGAGCGAGAGCUAGCAGACGUGACGAGGAUGUUAGAUGAGAUGAUCUCAGGACGUGUCGACCAUGCCAAUGGCGCACGACGGAUGAGCCUCCCACCCGUCAAUGAGGACAGGUGA